AUGAAUUACGAGCGCAUGUCAGCCGAAAUCCCGACUCUCUACCGGCUAUCCAGGGAGUUCAGAGAAGCCGACCUUCUCAACGGUCUUCUGGGCUGGAUCCGCAACGAGGCCUUUGGAAAAAUAGCAGAAGCCUGUGCUCUCUGGGGUGCAAUCGUCCAAGCCAAUAAACACCUUGCCAAAGUCGAUCGUACGCUGCACGCUCGUAGCAUUGAACAUGAGCACUUCAAUCUCAAAGAAGUUCUGAAUUCCGAGUUGAAGCAGGCUAAGGAAAUGAUGGAUGGCAUUCCUGGUGGUAGACGUGCGACUACGGUCACUACCGAGGAGGAUUUCUCUCUUGCUAUUAAGCGGUUGAAGUUUCUACGUGAAUACAAGUAG